AUGGACGAAUUUGUCUUCCAUGAUGAAGCCCUUGCCCAGGGUGAACGAUUUUAUUUGAAGAAGCCGCAGAAAGGCAGUAUCGUGUCAGUGAAGAAAGGCAAUCGGGAGCGGAAGGCCUUGGCCACGAAGAAGAAAGUCGCAGCAACUCACGCUACUCCAAUCACGACUGGUUCUGAUUGCAGUGGCUUGGACACAUUGACGGCUUCGUUGAUGAUGGCUGGGCUGCGACUAGUGGCAAAGUUCUUGACCGAGAAGGAUGCCAAAACUAGACAGAUGCUUCAGUCUCAGUUCGAACAUGGAGGCGCUUACUACACUGCUUGCGACGAAUUUCCCAGAAUUGAUUCUGACGUCAUGGUGAGAGACUAUGGCUCCUUGGAGUCCGUGGACAUUUACACCGCAAGGCCACCUUGUCAGCCGUACAGCGCGGCUGGUCUUCAGCGCGGUCUACAAGAUGGGCGCGGGAUCGUUUUACUUAGGGUUCUCCAAACAAUAGAGACCACGAAGCCUUCCAGCUUCGCGCUGGAAAACGUGAAGCCUCUCGCAAGUCACAAAAAAAAUCGGCCCAUCUUCAAGUUUAUCCUGGCCUUCUUGCGGGAUGUGAAAGAUGACCGCGGGAAGCCAUUGUAUGAGGCACUGGAGUUUACCUGGCCAGGACGAAUUCCGUGCAGAAGUUUGUCUAGUUUGCUUCAAAAUGUGGAUAGUUCGGAUUUGAAAAACAACAGAGAGAACACAGAAGCUGGGAACGCAAGGGUUCAGAAGCAUCUGGUGACAGCAGCAAAGCAGAUUGAGACGUCCAUUCUCAAAUGCUCCCGCGCCAAGGAUGCCGUGUGGGUAGCUGACGUUGGUAGCGGCCCAACUCGCAAGUGCAAGGCUCUCCCAGAAGUAUCGCCCACGUUGACUCGAAGCCGCUGCAAGUUGGGAGGCCACAUGUUGCUACCAAUGAAGCGAUACAUGACCUUGGUGGAACUAGAAGAGUUGCAAGGCUUCCCUGGAGGGCAUCUUCGGGUUCCAGCUGGAGUGACAGCACAGCAGUACGCAGGAAUGCUUGGCAACGCUUUCACAGCGUGA